GUAAAAUGUAUUUUUGAAAUACCAUUUACUGUCUAUGAUAUCAAAAGGAAUAUGUUUUAUUAUUUAUUGGUUGUUGUAGGUAUUUAUUAUAAUUAUUGGAGAUUAAUUAACUAUUUAUUUGGACUUUAAUAAGAAUAAAUAGUAUUUUAGUAAAUUUUACGUAAAAAUGUGUUGUAUGAAUUCAUGUUUUACGUUAAGAAUGUUUGUUUGAGUCCAUGUAAUAUGUUUGUGUGAAUCAAAAUAAUAAAUGCUUAUGUAUGGUGUGUCAUGCAAGUAAAAUGGACCUAUGUGUUACGUAUUUUUACGUAAGUUUCUGUAUGAGUUUAGAGAUUCAUACUUGAAUGUAUUUUGAGUGUAUUGCUGUGUUAAUGAAUGUCUAGGAUCUUGUUCUCAACAAGGAAAUUCGUUGAGGUGCUCGAGGUAGCAAGUGUGGUCUUAGCAACUGAGGAGUUUAGAAAUGCCUCCUAGAAGGUCAGUUAGAGUGGGUCGAGGUCGAGGUCGAGGUCGAGGCCAAGGCCAAGGCCGAGAUGAUGGAGGGAUCAAUGAACCACCUCAAGCACCACAGGGAUGGGAAGAGCGCAUUGCCGCACUGGAAGGAAUCAUUCAUAGGCAGGAUGAAGAACUUCGUCAGCUGAGACGUCAACCGGAGCCGCCAGUCCAAAUAAGGCAGGAUGCAGAAAAUAGAGACCCACCAGCUGCAGUGGUAUAUCCUGCUAUAGAGGCUAGACAUGAGUUGUUAGCAGAGAGAUUUCGGAAACAACACCCACCUGAGUUUGAGGGAGGCAUAGACCCGGUAGUGGCUGAGGAGUGGAUAAGUCGCAUAGAAAGCAUUUUGCAGAUGCUAAGGGUGGAUGGGAAUGACCGAGUGAAGUGUGCAUCUUACAUGCUGAGGAAAGAUGCUCGUAUCUGGUGGGAGGUGGUGGAACAAACAAAGGAUGUAGAUACCAUGAACUGGAACGAUUUCAAAAGGGUCUUUAAUGAGAAGUAUUAUAACUCAGCAGUUCUAGCAGCAAAGGUCGAUUAAUUUACUGGGUUAGUCCAAGGGAGUCUUACUGUGACUGAGUAUGCACAAAAAUUUGAUAGAUUGGCGAAAUUUGCUCCAGAUCUGGUACCUACUGAUAGAGUGCGAGCACAUCGAUUUGUGGAAGGCCUGAAACCAAUGGUUGCUCGAGAUGUGGAAAUUGUGUCAAGGGGUCAAUUCAGCUAUGCUCAAGUUGUCGAAAUGGCUCUUACGGCUGAGCGGAGUGAAAACAAAA